GUGUCUUAUAAAUCGACACUUGCCCCGAGGAUACCUAUGCGGCCGUCCCGCAGGUCGCGAGCAGUAGCGUCUGUUGUGCCAACCACUCCGUUGUCCGUAAACCAGCCACAACAAUUUUCCCCAAGGAGGGUGAUGGUCUUCGCUGUCUCAGAAGCUGCUCGAGAUGCUGACAGCCAAAGUCGUUUGUUUUCAUCUACCACUGACAUCCUCAAUAUAAAACAGCCAAGCACGAUGGUGUUGACGAACUCAUCCCCUCACCGUCAAAACUUCACUCCCCUCGUCUCUUCAUCUCCUCCACAUCACCUUCUACAAUGGCCAUCGAAAAGACCCCCGCCCUCUUCUCGCCUUUCCGUGUUGGCGAAGUCGACCUCAAGCACCGCGUUGUCCUUGCCCCGCUGACGCGGUUCCGUGGUUAUGACGACCACACCCCUGGGCCGCUCGCCGCUGAAUACUAUGCCCAACGCGCCAGCAUGCCCGGCACACUUAUGAUCGCCGAGGCGACGUUCGCUUGUGCGGUUGGUGGCGGCUACGCCAACGUGCCAGGUAUCUAUACCGACGCACACAUCGAAGGAUGGAAGAAGGUCACCGACGCCAUCCACGCCAAGGGCUCCUACAUCUACCUUCAGAUGUGGUCGCUCGGUCGCACGGCCGACCCCAAGUUCCUCGCGUCUGAGGGCUUCGAGUUCACCGCCGCUUCCGAUAUCCCCAUGAAGGCCUACGCCGAGGAGGGCCACCCCAACCCCCGCCCCAUGACGCUCGCCGAGGUCAAGGAGCACGUCCAGCUCUAUGCUACCGCUGCGGAGAACGCGAUCAAGGCUGGCUUCGACGGUGUCGAGAUCCACAGCGCGCACGGCUACCUCAUCGACCAGUUCCUCCAGGACGUCAGCAACAACCGCACGGACGAGUACGGCGGCAGCAUCGAGAACCGGUCGCGUUUCGGCCUUGAGGUCGCCGCUGCCGUCGUCAAGGCCAUCGGUGCAUCCAGAGUCGGUAUCCGUUUGAGCGCAUGGAGCGAGUUCCAAGACAUGCGGAUGAAGGACCCUGUCCCCACCUACACCUACUACGUGAAGGAGCUCAAGAAGCUCAACCUCUCCUACAUGCACGUCGUCGAGCCGCGCAUGAACGGAAACGAGGACGUCGAGGACGCGACCGGCUCGAACGAGUUUAUCCGUGAGAUCUGGGGCGACAGCCCCUUCAUCGUCGCCGGCGGGUACACGCGCGAGUCGGCACUCAAGACUGCUGAGGAGAAGGGUGUUCUGAUCGCCUUUGGACGCAACUACAUCUCCAACCCCGAUCUCCCGCGCCGUCUUCUCGAAGACCUUCCCCUGACGCCUCCCGACCGGACCAAGUACUAUGUUCCUGGAAGCCACACGGCAGAAGGCUACACCGACUGGCCGUUUGCUGAGGAGACCACGAAGGCUUGAGUUUGAUAUGUAACAUUAGGUUCGACGAUCACAGCAUUAGACAUAUUUUCUUGCGAUAGAACAGAUACUUUGUAAUUUAUCUUCAUCAUAUGCAUCUUGUCACACUCAAUCAUAUCCGUUUUGUCCCA